AUGGCGGAGCCACGCCAGAUCACUUUACAUGAGCAAGGAGCUCCGGAUAUUAUACUUCAACCAUUGCAAGCAAGGUAUCCUAACCUUGAUCCAAACUUUGAAUUGAAGAGUAGCUUGAUAAAUCUACUACCUAAGUAUCAUGGGUUGCGGGGUCAAGACCCCAUCCGACAUCUAAAGGAUUUUCAGGUUGCUUGUUCUACGGCUCGAAGGCAUGGAGCCGAUGAAGUGGCUAUCAUGGUUUUUGCCUUCCCUUUCUCUCUUGAAGCGCAAGCAAAGACAUGGUUUUAUUCGCUACCGGAUGAGAUUGCUACCAAUUGGGAUUUCCUGAGAAGAAAGUUUCUAGAUAAAUUCUUCCCACUGGAAAAGACCGACUACAUCCGGAAGGAGAUUUCAGGUAUAAUGCAAAGAGACCAAGAGAGUUUGUACGAGUAUUGGUCUCGGUUCAAGAGGCUAUUGGAAUCUUGUCCACACCAUGGAAUGAACACUCACUUGCUCAUUAGCUACUUCACCGGAGGUCUUUGUGUGGAAGAUAGAAGAUUGCUCAUCGCUUCUAGCGGUGGUUCUCUUUCGAAAAACAAGACGGAGGGAGAAGCUUGGAGUUUGAUAAAGGAUGUUGCCGAAGCUACACAACAUACAAAGGUAAGAAGUAAUCCCCUCAAGGGUGUGGUAGAACCAUCUCCUUCCGAAUCAAGCCUAACCAAAGCACUUGGAGUCAUGACCACCAUCCUCACACAAAUGCAAAAGGAUCAAAAGGAAUUCUACUCCAUCCAAGCCGUCCAAGCCCCACAUUCAGUUGCUCAACUUGAAGGCCCUCCUAGGAUUUGUGGUUUGUGCUCUAGCACUACACAUUACACCGAUCAAUGCCAUCAAAUUCAAGAGGAACAUGCCCUUGUAGUAGCCAAUGUGAAUUACAACAAUCGUCCACCCUAUCCUUCUCAAGGCCAAAACCACUACCCUCAUGGUAGUAAUCAAUAUCAAGGAUGGAGGGAUAAUACACAAGGGAGCAAUCAAAUCCAAAGAUGGAACAACUCUUCUCAUCACAACAAUAACCAAUCUUCAUCUCAAUAA